AUGGAUGCCUCUUCUGAGCCGAGCCAAAGGCUUGGAUCCCGAGCUCUUUUGGACAAGGUGGACAAGCUUCGCGAGUUGGGAAUAUCACAUCUCGUGCCUCUGCCUCAGAUGGUCGUGGUUGGAGACCAGAGUGCAGGAAAAUCUAGCGUUCUCGAGUCUUUGACAGGAUUCCAAUUUCCUCGCUCCGCUACUCUGUGUACUCGACAUGCCACCGAGAUUAUUUGCCGACGAGAGCCUACCGAGAGCGUUGUGGUAUCCAUUAUCCCGCACAAUCCAUCUCCCGAGCGGGAGAAGCUUGUCAGAGACUUUCACCGAUCCACAGAUAAGAUUGCUUCAGAUGACUUCCCCAAAAUCUUUGAGGAUGCCGCCAAAGUUAUGGGCAUCAGAAUCUCAGACGAGGAUAGCAACGGAGGCAGUGCAUUUAGCCUCGACAUCCUCAAGGUUGAAAUCAGCUACCCCAAUGCUGAUCAUCUUACAGUCAUCGAUGUCCCGGGCAUGUUCGAGACAGUCACCCCAGGACUUACUACGGAAUCUGAUAUCGACCUGGUGAAGAACAUGGUGAAGCGAUACAUACAAGAGACUAGAACCAUCAUUCUCGCUGUUGUCCCUUGCAAUGGCGAUAUUGCCAACCAAAAGAUCCUUCGGCUUGCUGCUGAAGCUGACCCCAAUGGAAAGCGAACGCUGGGGGUGCUCACCAAGCCCGAUCUUGCCAUUGAGAAUGCCACGAAAGCCGUCGUUUGUGACCUCGUAAGGGGCAAAAGACGGGAUUUGCAUUUGGGGUACUGCGUUGUCAAAAAUCUUGGUGCUGACGACAAGUCUGGGACCAUGAAUACCCGCCAUGCCCAGGAGCAAGCUCUAUUUGGAGAAGCACCGUGGAAUACUCUGCCUGCUGACCGGCUGGGCGUACCGGCUCUCCGCGCUCGCAUCGGAAAUCUCUUAAUGGAUCGCACCCGUGCAGAAUUCCCCUUGGUCAAAACUGAGAUUAUGGCGAGUCUCAAGAAGAGCCAAGACCUUCUUUACGACAUGGGCGAGUCUCGAAGUACCACUGACCAGCAGCGGGCGUAUGUAGGCAAGAUUGCCUCGGAAUUCACGAGAAUAAAAAACUACGGCUUGGAUGCGUACUAUACGCGACACAGUCUUUUUGAAGACAAUGAGAUGAGACUCAUCACCCGAAUUCGAGCAAUCAACGAAGCUUUUGCCCAUACCAUGUAUGAUAAGGGUCAUACCAAAGAAUUUCACAAAGGCAAUGAAGAUGGCCUAGGAAGCCGCAGUGGCCCACCUCGUGUCACUUCGGCUGAGCCAGAUCAAGUUGGCCGGUCGUCGCCGUAUAAUAACGAAUUUUCUUUCGAAAUUCCACAUCUCGGCGAGGAAGAUUUGGUCGACGUCUUGUCUGAUCCCUACUGGUGCCCCGAACCAGAGACGGACGACAUGCUGCAGCAUAUCCAGGGUCAGUAUCUCAAAUCUCGAGGAUAUGAGCUGGGCACUUUCAGUAGCGAAAUGCUGCCAUGCACAUUCAAGGAGCAGGGAAGCAAGUGGCGAUCUAUUACACUUGCGCACGCCUCAAACGCGAUAUUGAUUGUUCACCACUUUAUUGCCCGAGUCCUAGAAAGCUCUUGCCCCGACGAUGCUGUCCGCGACGCCCUUUGGAAUUAUCUCCUGUAUGGCCAUGACGGUCAUGACGGCCUAUUGAAGCGAUAUGAGCGGGCGAUGGACCAUGCCGAGUUUCUCUUGUCUGUUGAGUUCGAAGUCAAGACUCUCACAUAUGAUCCCCGUUUUGAAGCACAGAUGGACAAGCUGAAGCAGGACAAGACCCCCAAAGCCGCUGGCAAGCAGUCGGAGGAGGAAUCCAAGCCGCCGCCGGAAAAGCCCAAGUCGUCGCUCGAAGAGACAAGAGAGUCGAUUCAUGACGCCUUGAAAUCCUACUACGACAUUGCGCUGAGCCGCUUUGUUGAUGUGGUUUGCCAGCAGGUAAUUGAUCGCUACUUGCUCCACGCAAAAGACGGACCGCUGGAGGUCCUGUCGGAUAAGGUUGCCCUUGCCAUGUCCGCCGAUCAGCUGAUGUCGAUUGCUGCAGAGGAUCAGGCUGUCAAGGAGAAGAGAGAUGCGUUGAACAAGGAAAUUGAGGCUCUCACCAAGGCUCUCCGGAUCCUCAGAAGCUAAUAGGUACAAUCACAAGGGCUCGCCCGCGAGGAAAUGGGGGAUG